AAACCUACACCAAACAAAAAUAAAGCUCGAUGUUUUUAUUGUGAAAACCCUUGUCAUUAUAUUGCUGACUGUUACAAAAAAAAAAGUGAUGACCAAAAGAAUAGAGAAAAUAGAAACUAUUAUCAAGAUCAAAAUUCCCAAUCUUCACAUUAUAGGGAACGAGAUAAUCGAAGUUAUAGGAAUGAUAGAAGUCGAAGUCGAA